AUGGAAACCCCAACCAUCACCUCUCCGCUUUCCUACAUUGCUCCUCGCAAUGUAAUCCCCAUUGCCUCUUUGAACUUCCACUCCUCCCUCCUCCCCACCCCAUACUCCAUCCUCGGCACCUCUCCCACCUCCAAACUUCUCUUCAUCAACGUCACCAUUCUCGACUCUACCGGUCGCGAUCCCUUUCCCGGUGAUGUAUUGAUAUGCGGAGAACGAAUUCGCUUCGUAGGUAUUCUCUCCAAUCUUGACCAAGAACAAUUACUCGAGGACCCAGAUGUGCAGAUAUUCGAAGGGAGAGGUCGCACAUUGAUGAGCGGACUAGGGGAUGCUCAUACACAUCUCACAUGGAAUGGAGGAGAUUUGAAUGCGCUUGAGGAAAUGGCAUGGGAAGAACAUAUGCAUCUUACGGCCAAGAGUGCGAAGUGUUAUUUGGACUCGGGUUAUACUAUGUGUUUUGGAGCCGCAUCCGCAAAAAAUGAUCUAGAUGCGGUCAUCCGCGAUGCUAUCAACGCGGGUGAAAUCCCCGGACCUCGAUACCUAGCUAAUGGUAUGGAGAUAGCGAGGAGAGAUGGAGAUUUAGUUCCGGGGAUCACGGCGUACGCCGAUGGACCUGAUGAAAUGAGGGAAGUUAUUAAAAACCACGUUCAUCUUGGUGUUGAUCAGAUCAAGUUGAGUAUGAGUGGUGAAGAGAUAACGGAAAAGAGAUCAGCUCAAGAUUGUUACUUCUCCGACGAAGAAACAUCAGCGUGCGUCGAGGAAGCACAUAGUCUCGGACGACGACUCUGUGCGCACGCACGAGCUCAAGAUUCUGUAAAAAUGUGCGUGAAACAUGGCGUUGACGUAUUAUUUCACGCAUCCUAUAUUGACGAAGAGGGCAUGGACAUGCUCGAAGCAAAGAAAGAUAAACAUAUUGUUGCGCCUGGAAUAAAUUGGUUGAUUGCAACUUUAAACGACGCCAGCGAAUUCGGAUACUCACACGAGAAAGCCUCGCAAGUAGGCUACCAAAAGGAACUCGACGCUGCCAUCCACGGACUCCAAGAAAUGCACAAACGAGGCAUCGUAGUUCUUCCAGGGGGUGACUAUGGAUUUGCAUGGACACCUCAUGGAACCUACGCGCGAGAUCUCGCCCAUUUCGUGAAUCUUCUCGGGUUUACUCCUAUGGAGGCUAUCGUCGCUGCUACUGCAGGAGUGGCUAAACUUUUCAUGAGAGAACAUGAGUUGGGAAAGAUUCAGGAGGGUUUCUAUGCCGAUUGUAUUUUGGUUGAUGGGAAUCCUUUGGAGGAUAUUACGAUUUUGCAGGAUGGGGAAAGGUUGAAUGUUGUUAUUAAUGGGAGAGUGCAUAAGGCAGAGGGAAGUGAGUAG